UAUUACUCCAUUUUUUUAUUCCUGGAAAACUUCCAAAAAUAUUUAGUACUUUCAGAAAAAAAAUCCUGGUUAGCAGUUACUCCAGUUAGCUUACUUAACGUAAUUUAACACGUCCGUCCUUGGAAAUUAUCGGGAAAUGAAUGCGCCUCCAACGCCGAGGACGGUAAGCUUGGAAGUACCGUCGAUGUCGGCGACCGGUGCUCCGAAAACGGUGUUGAUAACCGGGGUGAGUAGGGGGCUAGGGAAAGCACUGGCCUUAGAGAUGGCGAAAAGAGGUCAUACCAUCGUCGGCUGCUCCCGUUCCCAGGAUCAGCUCAAUUCUCUUCAAGCCGAGCUCGCAUCCGCCUCCAGUUCACCCCCCUCCUCCCCUUCUCAAAGUAAACAUCUAAUCAUGAACGUUGAUGUGAGGUCAAACAGCAGUGUUGAAGAACUGGCAUGUGCUGUUAAGGAAAAGAAUAGCAUUCCAGAUAUUCUAGUUAACAAUGCAGGAACCAUCAACAGAAACAACAAGCUAUGGGAGGUCCCAGCGGAAGAUUUUGAUAACGUGAUUGAUACAAAUGUAAAAGGAGUAGCAAAUAUACUGCGUCAUUUCAUACCGCUUAUGCUUGACAAGAAGCAACAAGGAGGAGUUAUUGUUAAUUUGUCUUCUGGAUGGGGAAGAACAUCUGCUGGACAGGUUGCACCAUAUUGUGCAUCAAAGUGGGCUAUAGAGGGUCUGACAAAAUCCGUAGCAAAGGAGUUGACAAAUGGACUUGCUAUCGUUGCUCUUAGCCCUGGUGUUGUUAACACCGAUAUGCUUCAAUCCUGCUUUGGCACUUCAGCCUCACUCUACCAGACACCUGAAGCUUGGGCUCCAAAAGCAGCAACAAUGAUACUUAGCAUGACAGUGGCUGACAAUGGGUUGUCUCUUACGGUGUAAAGAAUACACUGAAGUCAUAACAUUAUUUUGCAUUGAUACCGUUUUAACCGACUUUUCAAGUCAUCUUACAGUUAAGGUCUUCUCAACUUCCUAAGUUUUGUUGUAUAAGAUGAUGAUGAGGGGAUGCCAUGAAUAUAUUGUACUACGUAUAAUAAUGUGUAAGCCAAUUGUUGUCAGUUGAAGAGACGAUAUUACGCUUCAGGAAGAGAAAAUACUUAUGUGGAUUUAAAGCAUGGUGAUCACUUGAUUGAUAAUACUUGUAUGGUGUAAAGCAUAAUAGGAAGAAAUAUUUGAUGGAUUGCUUCCUUGAGUUUUCUCCCCAGUGUAAAGCAAGAGGAGGCUGGAAAACAUUGCUGAUCUGGUGGAGUUUGUAGCUCUCUGGAAAUCACUGCCGAUUGUAACACAGUUAAAGAUUACACUUUGC